AUGGUUCGAAGCUAUAGAAAAUACGAGCCCGCUCAGGUCUUCGGCACCGUCUGCACCGCCUCCUCCAACUCAGUCUGGUCUUCCGAUGGAUCGAGUCGCAAUGCUGGAUCUGGAAGAGCUUUUGUCGGUGCCAACGAGGAGGUUCUGUGCUGGGACGUGAAGAAGGGGGAACUGCUCUCGCGGUGGCAGGACAAAGACAACAGGAGCGAAGUGACGAGCAUAUCACAAUGCGAUGUCCAACCCGAUCUGUUCGCCGUGGGAUAUGCAGACGGAUCGAUACGAAUAUGGGACUCGCUGUCAGGACAAAUUGUCGUUAGCUUCAACGGCCAUAGAAGCGCGGUGACACAUCUUCAGUUCGACCGCGAAGGAUCGAGGCUUGCAAGCGGAAGCAAAGACAGCGAUAUCAUCAUCUGGAACUUGCUCUCGGAAACGGCCGAGUUCAAAUUGCGAGGCCACAAGGACCAGAUCACUGGCUUGUCGUUUCUUCGAACCCCAGUCUCGCCACGAGACGAUACAGACGAGAUUGUCAACGGUGACUUGCAGGAUGAGCUGGAAGAGAAGUAUCUACUUUCAACCUCGAAAGAUGCUCUGGUCAAGAUUUGGGACCUCACAACUCCACACUGCAUCGAGACACAUGUCGCGCAGACUAGCGGCGAAUGCUGGGCGCUUGGACUCAGUCCUGACGGAGCUGGCUGUAUCACCGCUGGGAACGAGGGCGAGUUGAAGGUCUGGCAGAUAGAUCUCAGUGGCCUCGCAAGACUUGACAGCAACAUCGGCGAGAGCAAGAAGCACGACUACCUUACAAGCCGCGGUAUCAUCAACCGACAGGGCAAAGACAGAACCAUCGGAAUCUCGUUCCAUCCGAAACAGGACUACAUCGCGAUUCAUGGUUCAGAGAAGGCGGUGGAAUUGUGGCGGAUUCGAAAUCCCGACGAAAUACACGGACUCAUGCAACGCAAGCGUAGAAGAAGACGGGAGAAAGCUGCUGCUGCUGGUGAAACACUUCCACUUGAAAAGGACGAUGGUUUGGAAGCUCCGGAAAUCAGCGACGUGUUUACACCUUAUGUGAUUGUCAGGACGGGAGGCAAGAUUCGGUCAGUGAACUGGAUGGCAAUCGGUGGAAAGACUGCGAAAAAUCUGCAACUGCUGGCCUCAACCACGAACAACCAGCUCGAACUGUACAGCGUCGUCUCUCAUCGCGCAAAGGAGAAGUCUGGAAGCAGGGAGGCGCCCGAAUACAACCGAUCUCUUGCCGUUGAACUCCCUGGCCACCGCACCGAUGUUCGUACGCUCGCUCUCUCGUCAGAUGACCGCAUGCUUGCCAGUGCAUCUACAGGCGCACUGAAAGUCUGGAAUCUUCGUACACAGUCGUGUCUCAGAACGCUGGAGUGUGGUCAAGCGCUUUGCUCUUCAUUCUUACCCGGAGACCGUAUGGUGCUUCUGGGCACCAAGACUGGAGAGCUCGAGCUGUACGAUAUCAGCACCAGUACACUUGUGGAGAAGUUUCAGGCACACGAAGGCGCGAUCUGGACACUGGCAGUACAUCCUGAUGGCCGUUCAGUGGUGACUGGCUCGGCCGACAAGAGCGCUAAAUUCUGGCGAUUCGAUGUUGUUGACGAAGAGAUCCCCGGCACCCGAAGAACCACGCAAAGACUCAAGCUCACGCAAACAAGGCUGUUAAAAGUCGCGGACGAUGUGCUUUCACUCUGCUUUUCGCCCGACCACAAAUACAUUGCGCUGAGCACACUCGACAAUACUGUCAAGCUUUUCUUCGUGGAUAGCCUGAAGCAGUACCACAUCCUCUACGGUCACAAACUACCCGUACUCAACAUAAGCAUCAGCAGCGACUCGAAGCUGAUUGCAACAUGUUCUGCAGACAAGAACGUCAGAAUCUGGGGCAUGGACUUUGGAGACUGUCACAAAGCUUUCUUCGCGCAUCAGGACAGUGUCAUGCAGGUCGGCUUCAUCUCACAUCCCGUGGAAACUGACGAAAAGCAUACCGUCUUCAGCGCGAGUAAAGACGGAGUCGUGAAGAUUUGGGAUGGCGAUAAGUUUGAGCAGAUUCAGAAGCUCGAAGGUCACCACGGCGAGAUCUGGGCCAUGGUGGUCAGCCGAACAGGCGAGACUGUCGUCACAGCCUCGCACGACAAGAGCAUGCGAACCUGGCAAGUCGGCGAUGAUUUGAUUUUCCUCGAAGAAGAGCGAGAACGUGAACUGGAAGAGAUGUAUGAAUCGACACUCGCCCAGAACAUGGACCGCGACUUCCAAGACGAGGACGAGCAGAACGCCGAAGUCGCCGCCGCCAGCAAACAAACAAUCUCCACUCUCACCCACGGCGAGAAGAUCAUGGAAGCUCUCGAAGUAGGCCUCACCGACCUCGAACUCAUGCGAGCCUACGAACGCGACAAAUUUCACAACCCCAAGCUGGCCAUUCCCCAACGCAACCCCAUCUUCCUCGCGUUAGGGAACAUCUCCGCCUCGCAACACGUCCUGCGCACCCUCCAAAAGGUCCCCACCCCCGCCCUCAACGACGCCCUCCUCGUCAUCCCCUUCAGCACCCUUCCCACCCUCUUCACCUUCCUCGCCCUCUUCCUCCAAAACCGCAUGGCGCCGGAGCUCGCCUGGCGAAUCACAUACUUCAUGCUGCAAGCGCACAUGACGCAGAUUGUUGCGAGCAAGCAGCUCAAGCCGCUGUUGACGGAUGUGCUGGUGGCGUAUGAGGCCUGGCAAGAAGAGGAUAAGAGAGUUAUGGGGUUCAAUCUCGCGGGGUUGGAGAUUAUGAGUAGGGAGGUUAGGGAGAAUGAAGUGCAUGGGGCGUAUUUGGAUGAGACGGUGGCUGCUGAGGAGGAGGAGGUUUUGCAGAAGGGGAGGAAGAAGAGGGGGUUUGCUAGUGUUGCGUAG